CCCCCUCACCUUCCCGGCCCGUGCCCCCGGGUUCCCUCCCGGUGCCGGAGGGGGCGGGAGCGCGCAGGAGCCGCCGCAGCCGCCCCAGCCCCCGCGGGGCCGGUGUGCGUGUCCGAGCUCCGGCGCUGCCGCCGGGCCGGGUGGCAGGGGGGGUUUGCCGGUGGGGGUCCCCCCCUUCCCCCGCGGGACUCCCCGCGGCCCCGCCCGCCCUGCGGCAGCGCUCCCCGCCCGCACCGGCCCCGGCCCCGCCACCGGCGCCGGGAUGGCCUCGGGUAAGGCGGCGGGCGAGCGGCGCUGGGAGCUGGUGCGCUGUCUUUCUCGCUGUUAUUUUUAGGUACGUGAGAGAAGGCCGGUUUCGGAUCGAGGAGAGGACGCUGACGGCUUUCCAGUGGUUGUACUCGCCCCACCAGCACCGCAUCGUCAGCCGGGCAGACCUGAGCUCGCCCAGCAGGAUCGACAAGACGAUGCUCGCCAGCCUGAAGAUCAAGAAACAGGAGCUGCUGAACAGCACGGAUGUGACCGUCCCGGACCGGCCGCUGUCCCCCCCCCUCACCGCCCCGCCGACCAUGAAGUCUGCAGAAUUCUUCGAAAUGCUGGAAAAAAUGCAGGCACCAAAACUUGAAGAACAGAGGACUGGAAGCCAAAAACAUAAGGAAGACUACAUCCCGUACCCCAGCAUCGAUGAGAUCCUAGAGAAGGGCAGCCCCUACCCGCUGAUCAUCCUGCCCCAGUUCGGGGGAUACUGGAUUGAAGACCCGGAGAACCUCGGCACGCCCACCUCAUCUGACAGCAGCAUCUGCGAGGAGGAGGAGGAGAACCUCAGCCCCAGCACCUACGGCUACAGGCUGGAGUGCAAAGGAGAGGCCAGAGCCUACAGGAAGCAUUUCCUGGGGAAGGAUCAUUUAAAUUUUUAUUGUACAGCCAGCAGCCUAGGAAAUCUGAUUCUUUCUAUUAAGUGUGAGGAGGCAGAUGGCACGGAAUAUUUAAGGAUUAUACUCAGGUCCAAAGUGAAGACGUUGCAUGAAAGGAUCCCCCUGGCAGGAUUUAGCAAGCUCCCCAGCAUCCCCCAGAUUGCAAAGGCCUUCUGCGACGAUGCCUCCGGGCUGAAGUUCAACCCGGUUCUGUACCCCAAGGCUUCCCAGAUGAUAGUGUCUUAUGAUGAACAUGAGGUCAACAACACGUUCAAGUUUGGGGUGAUCUAUCAGAAGUUCAGGCAGACCCAAGAGGAGGAGUUGUUUGGCAAUAAUGAAGAGAGCACUGCCUUCAAGAACUUCUUAAGCUUUCUGGGAGACACCAUAACGCUCCAGGACUUCAAAGGUUUUCGAGGAGGUCUGGAUGUCAGCCACGGGCAGACGGGAGCAGAGUCUGUGUACACGGUGUUCAGGGACAGGGAGAUAAUGUUUCACGUCUCCACAAAGCUGCCUUUUACAGAAGGAGACACACAACAACUCCAGCGGAAGAGGCACAUCGGCAAUGACAUUGUGGCCAUUAUCUUCCAAGAAGAGAACACGCCGUUUGUCCCAGACAUGAUCGCCUCCAACUUCUUGCACGCCUACAUUGUGGUGCAGGUGGAGAACCCCGAGGCAGACAACGCAGCGUACAAGGUGUCCGUCACGGCCCGGGAAGACGUCCCCUCCUUCGGCCCACCCCUGCCCAGCCCGCCAGUGUUCCAGAAAAGCCCCGAGUUCCGGGAGUUCCUGCUCACCAAGCUCAUCAACGCCGAGAACGCCUGCUGCAAGUCCGACAAGUUUGCCAAGCUGGAGGACCGAACACGGGCUGCCUUGUUGGACAACCUUCAUGACGAGCUCCACAGCCACACGCAGACCAUGCUGGGGCUGGGGCCCGAGGAGGACAAGCUGGAGAACGGGGGUCACGGAGGCUUUCUGGAGUCUUUCAAGAGAGCCAUCCGGGUGCGCAGCCACUCCAUGGAGACGAUGGUGGGCAGCCAGAAGAAGCACCACGGCGGCGGCAUCCCGGGCAGCCUCAGCGGGGGCAUCGCACACAACAGCAGCGAGGUGACCAAGACCACCUUCUCGCCCCCUGUACCAGCAGCUGCUGCCAAGAACCAGUCCAGGAGCCCCAUCAAGCGCCGUUCGGGGCUGUUCCCUCGCCUGCACACGGGCUCUGAGAGCCAGGCGGAGAGCAGGACCAGGUGUGACAGCGUUUCUGGAGCCCAGAAGACACCAGAUUUGGGACAUUCUUCUCAAGAGAUGAAAUCUGAAACCUCCUCCAACCCCAGCUCCCCUGAAAUAUGCCCCAACAAGGACAGGCCCUUCAUUAAGCUGAAAGAGAAUGGGAGGUCAAACAUCUCCCGUUCCUCCUCGAGCACCAGCAGCUUCAGCAGCACGGCGGGGGAGAGCGAGACCCUGGAGGAGUACGACAGCGUGGGAAGCCAGCCGUCCACGGCGUCGCCGUUCAAGCAGGACGUCUUUGUCUACGGCGCCUCGCCCGGCAGUGAGAGCCCGAGCAUGGGGGCCACAGCCACCCCCGUCAUCAUGAGCAGGAGCCCCACAGCAGAUAUAAAGAACAGAAACUCUCCGAGGUCAAACCUGAAGUUUCGCUUCGACAAGCUCAGCCACGGCAGCUCCAGCACGAGCCACUAGCAGGAAGAAGUCGUCAUGAACUUGUAAAAGAGAAUUUUUGUUUCAACAAAGGGAAAACUCUUCAACACCCCGUGGGAAGAUGCGUGCCCCGGCCGUGGCGGCGGGGGGCCCUCCCUUCCCGGCUGCAUCCCCGUGCCGGGACGGAGCUCCCACCUUGCCGCCAUCUCUGCCCCGACAGGGACCCCGCCGCCUUCCCACCGGGUGAACCCCUCGCAGCAAACACCCCCGCGCCCCGCACCCUUCUCUGCGCCGUGGGAGGAGACGUGGCUCUGACCGCCUGGCACACGUGUGUGGCCGGAGGCUGUGUCCCCUCCACGCUGCCGUGUCCCCUCCGCGCUGCCGUGCCGUGCUGCGUCACCCCGCGGGUGCCCGUGCGUGCUGCGGUGCUGGGUGCUGGGCGGGCGCCGUCCAUCUCCUCCUGGGCAGGGGGGAAGCAGGACGGACCCUGGCGCGGUUCGGGUGCCUCCCUGCUUUAUGUGCAAGUUACUAGUGGGGAAACAGGGGUCUUGUGUUUGUUUUUUGGAAGGGUCGGUGGUCAGGGCAAGAUUCCGUGUUUGCUUGGCUGCGGGGCAGUUCCGCUGCCCCAGUGUUUCUGUCGCUCUUCGCUGUUUGGAGGCAACGGGGCAAAUCCUGCCCCGCGGCCCUUGCCGGCAUGGCGGGGGCUGCAGCAGCCCUCCCGCCGCCCCCGCUGCCUCCCCUCCAGCUCGUCCCCCGCUGCGAACCUCCGGGGCAGAUGCAGCCCCUCACUCCUUGCUCACUCGGCUUCUGGCAGGAGAGGAGGGUGAGGGCACCGGUCCCAGGGGGGCAGAGCCGGUGACCGGGGCCGACUCACCCUCCCGCAGCAGCCCGGGAAUUGGUUUAUGUGGACUCCCCGCUUUUUCCCUGCCUGAAACUCUGAGCGCAGGUCCUGGGAAAGAUUAACCAAAGCUAAAGCUGUAGUGUAUCGAAAUACCAGAACAGGGACUCGGCUCUGCUUUACCCUGUGGGCUGGAUCGCUGGGGGAGCAAAUGCAGGACACGGCAGUGAUUUGGGUGGCAUUAGGCUGCUCCGCCCCUCGCAGAAUCUGUCCCGCUGCUUUUCAGUCUGCUUUUGUUUGUUUUGAAAGACGAGGAUUAUGAAUUCUGCAAGGUGAUUUCCCUGUCGUGACCUUUAUCCAAAAAAUACCUCUCUCAACAUGCCAAGAAACGCUUUUGCUCUUUUAAUGGAAUUUUCUCUAAAGUUUACUGAAGUCUGUCCAUGAAUUUCACGUUGCUCAUAGGUUUCCCGUGUCAGGUUUUGGAAAGACACGCUGCAAUGCUGCAGAGAUGCUCCCUCCCCCAUACCACGAUCUGUGACCUGUGCAACCUCCCCUCCAUGAAACAAGGUUCUCAAUCUCUAGUGGAAGCAAUUCUUUGGGUUCGUGAUUCCUAAUGAAAGCAGAGCUGUGAGUGCCAAAGUUAACUUCCCACGGUUGGAGCCGCGAGGGCACCAAAGGGCCCGGCAGCUGGUGUCAGGAGGUGCGGGCAGAAUCGCACCCAGAAGCAUGUGCGGGGCGGUCCCGGGGGGGCUGCGGCUGCUCCCCGGGGAAGCUCCUUGCCCCUGGAGGGAAAGGGCUCGUAGAAGCCAACCAUCGCCUCCCCACCGCCCCUGGGCCAGAGCAGAGCCAAGGCAAACCCAACCGGCUCCGCUCUGGGGGGCUGCCUGGUCCUGACGCCCUCGGGUUCAUACAGGUGCUCCCGCCUGCGCGUGUAACUUCUCCAUUGGAAAGGAAAAGGCUGUAGCCCUAACGGGAGAUGAACCGGAUGAAAGGAGGAAAAGACGUUGUGGGAAAGGUGAGCAGUUUCACAAGCGCCAGGUGCACUGUGUAGGACUAGGAAAUACCACUAACCACCCGUGGGGACGCUCCCUCCUGCUUUCCGUGAGUUGCAUUUAAAUAGAGUUUCAAUCUUAAGGCUUUCUUUGAAAGAGGAAGGGCACGGUGUGCUUAGCCCGGUCCUUAGCUAGCUCUAGAUGUUCUCAGGUUCCACAUACUUUGCUGUUCAGCACUUCUGUCGAUGAUGCUUCAGUAGCACUUUCAACCCCAUCCCCGCUUCCUCCUCUUAGAAGCUUUUGCUCUGGUUUUCUUACGCCGCACAGAGAAAUACUGACUGGUGCAACGACUUGCUUUGAGGGUCUGCUCCUGGCUCGGCUUGCUUUCCCUGAGAAGUCGCUUGAUUCUAUAGACGUUGUCAUUCGCAUGGGUGUUGAUCUCCGUGAGAUCUUUCAGCAGAAGAUGCAGUGGCUACUGUCAGCUGGGGUGUCAUUUUCGGUGUUGCCUUUUUUUUUUUUUUUUUUUUUUUUUUCUUCUCUCACUUGAAACCGUGACUUUGCUUUUUGACCUAGGUUGAUUUGUAGAAUUAUUUGAAUGGCAUUAAGAGGCAGGCAGGACACGUGUGUCGCUUCAGGGAGAGCGAUGCCACGCGUUGGGAUGUGUGUCUGCCCGCGCCAGCCUGGGCGAAGGAGCCGAGGCUGGCAGAGGGUUUGCCAGCGGCUCCUCCAUCCUCUGGGACGUUUCCAGCAGCGCUCCUCACGCUGGGUCGUGAAAUCCCACCCACUGCAGCAUCCUAAAUAGCAACUGGGCUUUUGAAGCUCCUGUCCCAGCCAGGCUGUAGCGUGGUUUCUGCCCGCGCUGCCUUGCGCCGUGUGUGCCGUACCCCUUUCAGCCCCCAAACUGUCCCCAGCUGUCCCCUCCGGCACUGGGGAGGGACCAGCACCGGUGGCCUGAAACCUCGGAGGCAUUUCCACUUCCAGCAGCGGGUGAAGGUGUCCCUGUAUCUGUAUAUAUACUGCAAAAUGUUUUGUGCUUGUAAGUGACACAUAUGCACAUAUAUAUACAUAUAUAAAAGGGAUUUUUAUAUAUAUAUAAAAAAGAAAGGAUCCUUAACUGACACUAAAAUUACUGGGCAGUGCAUUUUUCUUUCUGAUCCCCACCGUUUCCACGCACAGAACAUGUACCACUCUCCAAGUGAUUUGCACAGGGAGCCGAGGGGGCUUGGAAACACGGCUGGGGGGGAAUGGGGGAGCCCCUGGCUGCAUGGGGGGGUUCUCUCCUCUCCCGGGGUUUGCCCCCCUUCUCCCCAGGGUUUGCUUGCUCCUGCUGCACCCGGCUGAUGCCCGGCUCGGACCCGUCCCUGACCUUGGUGUGCGGCAGAGGCAGGUCCCCGUCCCUGUGUCCUGGCAGUGGAGCCGGGGGGGCCCUGCUCCCCCUGCUGCGGCCCCGGCGAUGCAGUCCUGGGGACUGGGGUGCGGAGCUGCUGCUCCCUCCGGGCUGCCAUUCCGGAAAGCACUGGGGCAUGUACUUGCGCCCUCCCGAACCCCCCCGGAGUCAAGCACAGGGUUACACCGAAGCACAACGCGACAGUGCUUUUGUUUCUGAGCGGGAAGGGGGAUCCUAAGCACAAACUCCGUUUCUUCCCAGAGUUUUGAGGGUCUUCAGGAACGGCAGGUGAAGGAGCCAGGGCGCGCCGCUGGCACGGAUGGGUUGUUAACCCAGGUUGAGGUUUCUGGGCUGUUUUCGGCUCGGCUGCCGGAGGUGCUCCGCGCCGAGAGCCGCUGCCAGACCCCGUCGGCGGGGCCGUGCUCGGCACCCCCGCGCAGCACCCCGUGCUCGCGCCGCUUCGCCCGCGCUCCGGCUUCUGUCCCCUCCGGCUGGCGGAGCCUGUCCCCCCCCCCCGCGCCUAGGGCAUGCUUUCAUUAUGUUUUAAUGAAUGUAGCACUGCGUAUAUCCUGCAAAGGGAAAUGCUGAAUUUAUAUCAUUAGAAUGUGAAGAGAGUUUAUAGAGUGAAAAGAAAUCUUGAAGAAAUGUAUCUGACAAAGUUUAUUUUUUAUGUAGAGAGGCGGUGCUUUGUAGUUCCUGGUGGCCUAUGUCUGUUGUAAAUAAUGUACAUUUAAUUUAUUGCUAUGGUAGCAGAUUGUAUUUGUUAUGUAUAAAACUAAAGGUUCACAAAUGUAUAUUUUGUUGCUUAAAUGUGUCUUUGCAAAAUUCACAAUAAAUAACAUAUUUUGUGUC